CAGCACCCAGAUUCUCUGAGAUGCCUAUAUCCGUACCAAAUGCUUCUGCGGAUAGUCCGAAUCUCACACUUGCAGUUCCCAGGAUGUCUCUUGUCUCGUCGUCUCUGCCCCUCCCCUCCUUGCUUACCUCACCGCAAUGCAACUUCCACGAUGUUCACUCUGCUACCUCAGGUAUGAUGCCAACGCCUCGCCCGCCAAUCCCCCAAAACAUCAAGGUUUGUUUCAGGAACACCAAUGGGAAAGCAAGCUCGGGGCUAGCUAUCCACGUCACUUCUUGUCACCGUCCACGCCUGCAACUUGCACCGCACCGCACUGCACCGCACUGCACCGCUCUGCACCACUUGCCCACGCGCUGACAGCAGCCCGGACCUCAUGCCGAGCGACGACUCCAAUACAUACAUGGCUCUGCAGCAGUACGCAGUAUGUAUCCGUACCUGCGCCAACACCGGACCAGCAUCAACGUGACAACGUACAGUCUACCCACCAGACAGAGGAACAAGAGACACCUCUCAGAGACAGAGAUGUACACGGAGAGAGGGGCCGACGGAAGAGCCGCGGCCAAGUCCUCCACCUCCCUCUCAACAGGUUGCCAUUCUCUGAAGAAGCUCCGAGCUCGACAUUUGACGCCGUUACACCUGCCCGUGACACUCCUCCUCCUCUCUUCCCCCGAGACGUUCCCCCGCACCGCCGCCUCUCAGACUCCUCCAUCAACUCUUGUUCAUCCUGCUAUGUAGACACUGAGAACGACGCUGUCAAACACACUCGAGGGCAGCCUCCUCAGUUGCCCAUGUGAACAUCUCCAUCCAACAUGCCCGGGACUUACCUAUCUAUCUAUCCCCAGACCGAACUGCCGCAGCAGUACCAUACGCCUGAUUCU